CUUCUUUCCCUCCAGUGCGCUCUCCCUUCUUUCUCCUUGAGACUCCAAACUGAGAUCAACAGAUAGGAUGCUGGGCCUCAGCUUCUUGUCCACUCUCCCCCUCCUGCUUCUCCUCCACCCCCCUCCACUGUUUGCCCAGGAGGUGCUUGUACGUCUGGCGGGCGUCGGCCGGCGCAAUGCAAACGAGGGGCGCGUGGAGGUGCUCUACAAUGGCGCGUGGGGCACAGUGUGCGAUGACGAGGUGGAUCUAAACCUCGCCAACGUGAUGUGCCGACAGUUGGGCUUUCAACGCGGCUUGACCUGGGCGCACAGUGCCAAGUUUGGCGAGGGAGAAGGUUUGAUCUGGUUGGACAAUGUGCGCUGUGUGGGCACAGAGACCUCCAUCGCGGACUGCCGCUCCAAUGGUUGGGGAAUCAAUGACUGCACUCACGCUGAGGACCUGGGGGUCAUCUGCAGCCCACAGCGGAGACCAGACGCCCCCACUGUCUCCGCGCCGGAGACCCCUUCCUCCUCCAGGGGCCAGCCAAGCCAUCAACAACAGAGGAACCCACCACCGUCACCGCCGCAGCAGCCCCAGUCCGUGCCUCCGCCACGCCAAAGCCUCUCAUCUUCUGCAAGAGGCCACGAGAUCGCCCUCCAACGCAACCCAACAUCCCCCCGUCGCAGCUUCCUGUCGCCGCAGGAGAACGGCCACGAGAUCCGGAUCUCGCCACGGAAUCGAGGCGCUUCCAGAGCAAGGCCGCAGACGAGCCCAGCGCUGCCACAGGGGCACGAGCUCCCUUCACGUCUGGUCAACGGCGCGUCCUACAGGCAGAGACAGCGGGAGACGGCGAGGAACGGUCCGCAGGCCGUGAGACGAGAGGCGAGUGACAGGAAUCAGCAGUUCAGCGGGAACCACGUCGAACCAGCUGGUCAUCCAGCUGUCAGACUGGAAACCGAUGCCCACUACACACAGGGAUCUAACAGAGUUCACUUGGAGGAGGCUCGCCUCCGGCCUGUACUCUCCAGCAACCACGGCGGCCUCGUGACGGAAGGAGUGCUGGAAGUGAAGCAUGCUGGGAGGUGGCGUCACGUGUGUAACCGGGGUUGGGACCUGAGCAGCAGCCGUGUCGUCUGUGGCAUGUUAGGAUUCCCCGAUGCAGAAGUGUUUGACCAAAACGCCUACAGGAAACUGUGGGACUCCAAGAUGGCUGAUCCAUCCUCGAGGCUGAGGACGCAGAGCAGUAAGAAGGGCUACUGGGUGGAGAAGGUCCAAUGUCAGGGCGUGGAGGUCUCUCUGGCCCAGUGCCAGGUCCAGCUGUCCCUCCCCAGGAGCGACGUCCCAUGCCGCGACAGCAUGUACGUCGCGGUCCGCUGCGUCCCCGGAUCCCAGUUCACGCGAUUUGGCCGAGCACCUGCACCACCUGCCGUGGCGCCUGUUGUGCGUCUGAAGGCGGGGCCCCGGAUCGGGGAGGGCCGCGUUGAGGUGCUGAAGGAGGGGAAGUGGGGCACCGUGUGUGACCACCUCUGGGACCUGGCUGCAGCCAGCGUGGUCUGCAGAGAGCUGGGCUUCGGGACGGCCAAAGAGGCGCUCACCCAGGCUCAGCUGGGACAAGGUACCGGCCUCAUCCACAUGAACAGUGUGCAGUGUACCGGCAGGGAGAAGUCGAUUACAGCGUGCGUCUACCAAGAGGUGCCGCUUUACACCUGCAAGCACAACCAGGAUGUAGCGGUCCGCUGCAACGCGCCCGACACCGGCAUGCAGGCCACGGUGAGAAACGGCACAGCUGCGCAUAUGAACACCGACGGAGGCCUUUUGGCAGUAUUCACAGACUCACACGGAAAAAACACUCUGUUCUUCCAUAACCCUCAGGUGCGUCUGGCAGGAGGCAGAGAGCCAUCAGAGGGCCGCGUGGAGGUGCUGAUGGAGGUCGGCGGGAGGGCGAAACGUUGGGGCUCCAUCUGCAGUGAGAACUGGGGCAUCAACGAGGCCUCGGUGGUGUGUCGACAGCUGGGCUUGGGCUUCGCUUCAAGUGCUCAUCAGGAGACCGUGUACUGGCCGGGUUCUUCGGGUGCCGGCGAGGUGGUUCUGAGUGGAGGUCACUGCGUCGGCAACGAGAUGUCCAUCCAGCAUUGUCGCAGGAACACCAACGUCUACUGUCCCAGGGGAGGAGAUAACAGGGCCGCAGGAGUCACGUGUGUCGAAACUGCCCCUGACCUCGUCCUGGAUGCUCAGCUUGUCCAGGAGUCGGCUUACCUGGAGGACCGACCCCUCCACCUGCUGUCCUGCGCUAACGAGGAGAACUGCCUCUCCUCCUCUGCCGCCAGGAUGAACUGGCCCUACGGACACCGCCGCCUGCUGCGCUUCUCCUCCCGAAUCAUGAACAUGGGGCGUGCCGACUUCCGACCCCGAGCCACCAGAGAAAGCUGGACAUGGCACCAGUGUCACAGGCACUACCACAGCAUCGAGGUGUUCACCCACUACGACCUGCUGACGUUUAACGGGACCAAGGUGGCCGAAGGUCACAAGGCCAGCUUCUGUCUGGAGGACACCUACUGCCCCGAAGGUAUCCAUAAGCGCUUCGCCUGCUAUAACAUGGGACAGCAGGGUAUCCAAGUGAGCUGCUGGGACACCUACCGCCACGAUAUCGACUGCCAGUGGAUCGACAUCACGGACAUACGACCCGGCGAAUACAUCUUCCAGGUGCAGGUCAACCCGUCUUUAGACAUGGCCGAGUCUGACUUACAGAACAACGUGAUGCGCUGUCGGUGCAAGUACGACGGAGAGCGGGUGUACAUGUUUGGAUGCCACGCAGCUGACGCCUACAGCGCCGAGGUGGAGGACUUGUUUGACCACCGGCGUCAGAUCUCCAACAACUUCCUGUGAAUUAAGGACAGAACAACUGCACAACUCUUCACCACACCUCACGACGUGUCAGCGGGGGGAGAGGUUGAACGACGAUGACAUGCCAGUUAAAACAAGAAAUAUGAUGUCAGAGGAGGAGGAGGGGGAGGGGGGGGGGACUGGGAUGGUAUGAGAAAAGACUUCUUGCAAAACUGCCUAAUUAGGAUCCCGUGAAUGAUUUUUUCAUCAGCAGUGACCGUCGCUGUUAGAAUGUCGAAGAAAUUAAAGGAGGAAGAGGAAAAUUUUUUUUUAAGUAGACAAAGUACAGUCAUGUAUGUCCCCAUGAUAAAAACAAAGAGUAGUUAUUUAAAAAAAUGCAUCUUGGAAGUUUUUAACAAAUUUAAUUCCCUUAAUCAAAAACGUAACAAACGGGUUCAGAACGUAACGACACGAAGGCACGAGAGAAGCGCACGUCCUUCACUUUCACCGAACACCAUCAGGCGAUCAACCCAGGAAACAGACUGUCACACAACUCUGUACAUGCUUUACCGCGCCGUCACGGUUCACAUUACUAAAGCAGUAUUCGGUUACAACUGUGGGGGUUUUUUUGGUUUUGAAUGAGAAGAUUUUUAUUUCACGGUGCUAUUUUGCCUUAUUUGAAUAAAUAUUGUAAUGUAUUGAAAAUGUAUUGUCAUGUACAGUUUUAUAUUACCUCUCUGGAAUAUUGUUCUUUAGGUCUCUAAUUUAUGCAAACAUGUUAAUGUACUUUUGAGUUGAAACUUGUGUUUUGUAUUGUUGAUUUUAUUAUGACAAACAUUUUCACUUGUUUCCUUUUCCACCUGUUUAAACAUCGGUGACAUCCGACGAGGUGUGGUUCUACCACGGCAUUACGCCUUUAACAGUACUUGGUAAUGGUAUUAAAAUAAUAAAUGUCAGAUUGACAAACUCUA